CGUUCUUUGCAAUGACCUCAUCUCUGGUGUGGGAUGACGUCAAAUUCAAGAUGGAUGGAAUCACGACCAGCGCGCAGAAAGCGACACAACAGUGAAUAAAGUGGAGGCUGGUGGAGGAGAGGCCGAGCUGACCACGGGCAGGCCAUGGAGAGCCUUGUGCAUUACAGCAACCCCUCCCAUGCCCUCUCAGUGCUGGGGGUUCUCAAUGAGCAGCGACUGCGAGGCCAGAUGUGUGAUGUGGUCCUGGUGGUGGGGGACCAGAGGUACCAGGCCCAUAAGAGUGUUCUGGCUGCCAGCAGUGAGUAUUUCCAGUCCCUGUUCACACGGCUGGACGCAGAGUCACUGAAAAUUGUAAACCUGGACUUCUGUGAGCCUGACGCCUUUGAGAUAGUUUUGAAUUACAUUUACUCCUCCUCACUCUUUGUGGACAAAGGCAGCCUGGCAGCCAUUCAAGAGCUGGGCUACAGUCUUGGAAUCCCUUUCCUCACCAACAUUGUGUCAACAAGGCCACAUGCAUCCUACUGUGUGUCAAGAAAAAGGCUUUCGUUCUCAGAUGGGGAUGAGAAUGAUAUCCAGACAAGGAGUGUCAUUGUGUGUCGGGUUCGGAAUGAUGCAGCCAAUCCCUCUCGCUCAAGUUAUCAAAGAAAAACCUCAGAGAAAUCACCGUCUCUGCACUCCAUUCGAGGGUCAGCUCAGCCACCAUCAGAACACAACUCAUAUGAAUCAGUCAGGAACUCUGAAUCCAGCAGGAAGUCAUCUGAACAGAGCGAAGCUUCUGAGAGGAAGCCCACCUAUCCGUACAGCCCCAUUUUAAAAGGGAAUUCAUCACACAUUACAUCUGUUAGGCCCCAGCUGACUUCAUCAGUAUCUUUCAGUGAUGCUGAAGUGCAGCACAUCAGUCUGCAGUCUAGUGCUGAUCAGGACACAACCGAGGAGAAUGAAGAGGAGUCCCACUAUCGUACCAAAGUGCCAUUUCAGGGUCAGGCCACUGAGCCGAGCCCAACCAUCGACAGGAGCGGGCCGCUUAUAAAGAGCCUGCUCCGAAGAUCAUUGUCCAUGGACAGCCCAGUUCCGGUCUUCUCCCCUACACUGGAGCUCAAGGAGCUGCAAAAUCGAGAGCAGUCAGUUGUUAAAAUGGCAUCAAAAGCAUCUGGGCUAGAAACAUCUGCCCACAAUGGUAACUCAACUAGAACGUCUCCUCUGGUUCUCAGGUCAAAGUACUCCAGCAGGAGGGAUGAAUCAACUCAGGUAGACCAUGAGGUCAGUGUGAAAGCAGAACCCAGCAGCCCACUCGCUGACCCCAUGGACAUUAUUCGGAUCACAGUUGGAGAUGCUUUGCCAGUCAAUCUCAAAGAUUUACAAACUAAUUAUGACCAAGGUUCCAGGGCAGACUUUAAUGCUGCAGUGAAAAGAACGAACAGGCCCGAUAACAGAAGGUACCCAUUCAAGAAGAGCAAAUUCUUUAAAGAACAUAGCCUGUCACUGGAUAUGAACAUGUCAGAAACAGCCACUCAGCAUGCCAGCAGUGACCCUAAUGAGGACAGCGAGGAGCCACCUCAGAACAAGAUUUUCAAAUGCUGGAAUUGUUUAAAGGUUUUCCGGUCCAGUGCAGGACUUCACCGGCAUGUAAAUAUGUAUCACAACCCGGAAAAGCCGUAUGCUUGCGACAUCUGCCACAAGCGCUUCCAUACCAACUUCAAAGUGUGGACACACUGCCAGACUCAGCAUGGUGUAGUACAAAACCCAGCAUCGUCCUCCAGCUCCUCUAUGCUGGAUGAAAAAUUUCAAAAGAAGCUAAUAGAUAUUGUGCGAGAGAGAGAAAUAAAGAAAGCUUUGCUUUGGAAGCUGAAGAGGAAUAAGCAGGGUUUACAGUCUCCUGCACUUACCAAAAAGAGAUCAAGGCCCAGCUUCAUCUGUCCUUAUUGCGGGAAAAUGUUUGUAUUCCAGUCUCAGUACAGACAGCAUUUGAGGACACAUCCUGCUGAAAAGGCUGACCAGGACACAGCGAGCGAGAGCAUCCUCUACCAGGAACAGGAUGAGAUCAGUCAUCAGAAGAACACUGACACUGGUGUUUACUCCUGUAGACUUUGUAACAUGAAGCUGUCAUCGCUCUUAGAACAGGGUGACCACGAGAGAGGCUGUCGACAUUCAACUGUCUGCCCUUACUGUGGCCUCCGAUUCUCAAGUCCAGUUGUCAAGAAGGACCACGAGGCACAUUGUAAGUACAAGAAACUGACAUGCCUGGAAUGCAUGCGGACUUUCAAAUCGUCCUUCAGCAUAUGGCGCCACCAGGUGGAAGUCCACAACCACAACAUGAUGACUGUUAAAGACCAGAUGCACCUGAAGCAACAAGAAAACAGUGAAGAAGCGUCAGACAUCCUCAAAGACGAGCAUUACAGCGAUGAGCCUCUACCAACUGGAAGUUCUAGAGAGAACAUUAGUUACAGUGACUCCUCAGGUCCACCCAUGUAUGACUCGGAAGACUCCUCAUCCUAUGUGCCUGAGGACCUGAGUAUGGGCCACCUUGGCAAGCUGGUAGUGAAGGAGGAGCCACUAGAGGAGGCUGUGAGUGAGAGGGACAACACAGAGGCAGCCAAAAGUGGACCUGAUGAAGCUGGUGUGUGGCCAUGUGAGAAAUGCGGAAAUCUUUUCAGCUCUCGCAAAGACCUGGAACGACACCAGGAGCUGCUAUGCCACAUUAAACCAUUCAUCUGUCACAUCUGCAACAAAGCCUUCAGGACCAACUUCCGCCUUUGGAGCCAUUUCCAGUCUCACAUGUCGACUGCUAGUGAACCUGGAGCCAAAGAGAUCGACAGACACCCCUCUCCUCUGUCUCCCUCCCCUCCGCUGACCCCUCAGACCUCAGAACGUCCCUCCCCACAGGCCUCUGUGCUCAAAUCCACCCAGGCGGCUCCGGUCGCUGCAGUGAUGGCUGAGGAGUCCAGCAGCCCAGAGCCCUGUAGCUCCUCCGUGAGCAAAACGAAGAGGCCAGACCUAGAACGACAACCCAGCAGCCACAGCCCUCUGUCGAGGUCCAACAGCAUGGAGAAUCCAGGCGGCUCUCAGGAAUCGGACACGCUCUUUUACCAUGCACCGUCUCUGUCUGCCCUAACAUUUAAGAGGCAGUACAUGUGUAAACUCUGCCACAGGACCUUCAAGACGGCCUUCAGUCUGUGGAGCCACGAGCAGAGUCACAGCCACAUGUAGGCAUCAGACAGCAGUGCAUUCCCCUUCAGAGACAAUACUUAAUCUUAGAGUACACUCACCUCAGCCUACAAAAGGAAGACUUUGAAUGUAUAGCUUAUUCGCUUGCCUCCAAUGUCAUAUAUUCAAGUGGCCAUGUUCAUUAGAGGUGUAAAUGUGAAUGUGCAAUCAAGUGCUAGAUUCCUCUGUGAGGUGAGAUGAUUAUAAAUGGGUUAUUUUUUUCUUUCAAAAUGAUCUAAAAGAAUUUAUCUGUUUUAAACCUCUUUUAGUUGUCUACAUGUAUUAACUAUGUAGGUGUUUUGGGAAAACAAGGUAGAGAGUUGCACCCCUCGUCACUUCAGCUGUCCUACUUUUGACGUGAAGUCACAGCAACAGAAGGGACAACUGUAUACAAUGUUCUCUCAAAGUGUGGAAACAGUGCUUUAAAGUUUUGGAGGCUGCAGUUCACUUAGUGCUUUUGCUUUUGUAUCAGAUCUAUCUCUUGGUGUGAGUGACAUCCCUUAAGGUAAUAUUGGUGGCCUCAAAAUGUAUUUAAUAUGCACUUUGUUGAACAGUUGGAUUCUGGUAUAAGGAGAUGUAGUCUGAAAUGUUUGCUUGAUUCGUUUAGUACAGAGCCCGACCGAUAAUGGAUUGUAGGGGCCGAUCCUAAUACAGAUUUUUGGAGAGUUAAAAGUAAAUAUUUAUAUAUCAGUUGAUAUUCUUUAUAUAUAUGUAUUUAUACUUUAUGUAACAGUAUUUGUUAAAGUAAUAUUGAGAAAGGAAAAUGAUGAAAUCAUUGUUUGUUUGCUUUCCGGCAAUGUACUUCACAAAGAAUCACUCUGCUGGACAAACUGUAUGAUGUAUGAAUUACCCCAUAUCUUUUCUUAUGCAUUAGGAAAGUUUACAAAAAGUUUUCGUAUUAUUGGACAAAAUAUAUGCCCAAUAGUGAUACAACUACAACAGGCCAAUAAUACCAGCCAACCGAUCAAUCGGUCGGGCUCUAAUUUAGUGUCCAUAACUGAGGUUCAGGAGUAAAGAUCAUAAAUAGACUCAGAUGUUUCUGUUUUGUUUCCUCAUGCUUACCAUUCAUCAGUUUUUAAAAAAAUUUGAGUCUUAUAUUGCCUUUGCAUCAUUUAGUUUUAAUGAUCAAAUAAGACCUUCAGUAUAAUAAAGUUCUAACAUGCUGCACAUCAAACACACCUCAGAUGCCUGUUGUUUUGAGCAUAGCGUUUCAGUACACAAUUUGGAUUUACUGCUUACAGUCUUCAUUCAGUACUUACAAGGUAUCUUCCUAAUUGACAGCCAGCAGAAUUGUUUCUACUUGAAGGAGACGGUGCAACUAUCAGUCAUAAAACUCUACAAGGUUUUGUUUUCUGCAGGUAAAUGACUAGGAAAUCUAAAUGUUGCUGAGCUUUCCAAAAGUUGCUCAAACCAGUGCACAUCACAGCAGCUGUCUGAGGAAAUAAUGGGCUGGAUUGAUUUGGUAGCAUCCUAAAGAUGAGACCCAUUGACCCUCUGUGGUCUUAUAGACUGUAUAUAAAAGACAGAUGUACCCACUGUGACGUCAAGGAAGAGAGGGCCGAUCUGGAAAGGAGUGAGGGGCGAGACUGAGUGAAAAUCAUAGGAUGACUGCUCCGCUGCAUGAAACACAUGACCACUCUUGACCAGAAUUGUCAGUCAACCAACCAUUCUGGUUGCAGGUCAUGCAGUUUGAGGCUUUCUUUAUAUUUAAUUUUGGAAUUUGUUCCAGAUAGACUACCAAAACAAUAAUCGGAGAGAGGGGAUUUAAUAAAAAAAAAAAUCAUAAUGACUGGUGGAAAAAAACAUUGUUAACUUAGCUUAUCAUGAUGAUUUUUGAAUGGGAGUCAAUAGGAACCAGAGUUUUUUUGGAGCCAUCACCUAGGAAAGAUCAGUUGUGUUACACUUGAGGCACUUCUGCAUUGGCUUCACUUUCAGAGAUGGUUGCUACAUCCAGUUUUUUCAUGCACUCUGUGUGAUCUUGAGCAAUGUCCCACCCACAGCACUAUCUAACUGGUCACAUGACAUUUAUAACAGUCGAUAAUACUAAAGGAUAAACAUUGAAAAGUUAUCACUGAAAUGAACAUGUGAAACAAAUAGAAAUUUCAUGUUUACUACUAAUGUAUAUCCGUUUCAAAUACUGGUUAUUGCUCUACUUUAUUGAUAAUAGUCUGUAUCGGCCCUGACAAAAAACAUAUCGGUCGACCCCUAAUAGUUGUUUGAGUAUAUUAGUCAUUGCUACAACUUCUGAAUCACUAUAGUCUGCCACAGUACAGCACCAGUGUUAUGUAAAUACACUGAUAGGGUUUGCAAUUCAACACAUCUGGUAAUUAACUAAGCUUUACAGUGCUUUGAUGGCCUUAUGCAACUUAAAAAAAUAUUUUGUCAAUAUUAUUUUACAUAAAAGCACAAUACAGUUUCAGACAACUUAUGACUCAGGCAUUUUGAAGUGAUGAAGUCAAGAGGAGGGAGAAAGCUAAUCUUUUAUUCUCUGAAUGGUGACAGUGUUCCUGCUUCCUGAAGAUUUAUUAUAAAAGAUUGUGUUUUGAUUGUAUUCCAGUUGUUUUACAAUUGUAUUCUUGUACAAGUAUACUGUAUAUUUCUGCUUUGGCUUGAUGGAUUAGAAAUUUGUCAUAAAUUAUUUCGAUUGCUCCUGUUUGGGAGGAGUCAAAGAGACCUCCACAUGAACUAUGGGACUUCUUUUUCCUCUAAAUGGGCAACGUGAGCUGCAUUGUGAUGUUAAAUUCUUUGCAGAAAUUCUGUAUUGAUAAUAGUGCUCUUAAUUUCUUGUGAGAAAAACUUUCUGAAAGUUUCACAGAAAUGAUUAGACUUGUGUACAUGGAAGUGUUUGUAUUCUCGAUUUUGUACCAAUUUUGUUAGUAUAAAAAAAGUUUUAUCUUUUUAGUAUUCCUGUGCUCUCACUGCAAUAAUUAAUAUUUGUAUCAGCUUUGGUUGCAUUAUUGUUGCUUUUGGGGACUUGCAGCUGUUUUGUGUUUAGGUUUUUCUACAGUUUUUGUGCUUCAUUUCUGUAAUAAAGAGUAACAAUGGAGUAUAUAUACAA